AUGUUUAUUUUCUUAACCUGCUAUAACAUUUUGUUUGCAGAUGGCUACACAACAGAUGACAUCGAGUUCUACUGGAACGGAGGAGAUAAAGCAAUCACAGGAGUAGAGAAGAUCGAGCUGCCUCAGUUCUCCAUUAUUGAUUACAAAAUGGUCUCAAAGAAAGUAGUGUUUUCCACUGGUUCUUAUCCUAGGCUUUCAUUGAGCUUCAGACUUAAAAGAAAUAUUGGAUACUUCAUCUUACAAACCUACAUGCCUUCCACACUCAUUACUAUUCUGUCCUGGGUGUCUUUCUGGAUCAACUAUGAUGCAUCUGCUGCAAGAGUAGCACUAGGAAUCACCACUGUGCUGACAAUGACUACCAUCAGUACCCAUCUGCGAGAAACCCUACCAAAGAUCCCUUAUGUCAAGGCUAUAGACAUCUACCUAAUGGGAUGCUUUGUAUUUGUGUUCUUGGCAUUGCUGGAAUAUGCUUUUGUGAACUACAUCUUCUUUGGAAAAGGUCCUCAGCUACAGAAGAAAGCAGCAGAAAAAGCAGAGAAAGCAAAUAACGAAAAGAAUAAACUCCAGGUAACGCAGGUUGAUGCACAUGGAAACAUUUUGUUGACAACUCUGGAACUGAGAAAUGAAGUCUCUGGUUCAGAAGUCCUAACCAGUACUAUCGACCCAAGAGCUACCAUGUUUUCAUAUGACAGUGCCAGCAUCCAGUAUCGGAAACCCAUUGCCAACAGAGAUAUGUACAGCAGAAGCACAUUGGAUAGGCACAUGGUUCACAAAAAAGGGCGACUGAGGAGGAGCGCCUCUCAGAUUAAAAUUAAAAUUCCUGAUUUGACUGAUGUGAAUGGCAUAGACCGGUAUUCAAGGAUGAUAUUUCCUGUUGCUUUUAUCUUCUUUAAUAUUGUGUAUUGGCUUUAUUAUGUACACUAA